ACGUAAGUAUUGGAAUCUUCAUGAGCUACCUAUGAGGCAGUUAUGCCGUUGAAAGCCGGUCUUCCCCAGGAAUGUGACCUCACAAGCAAGGGGCAGCGGCAGCUAGCUUGGGGCCACCAGCGGGGUUGAUCGCCCACUUACAUGUGCCUAGGCUUGGGCUUAGACACCCUGAUAUCUCGACUGACUACCAACCUGGAAGUUGAAUUGCUCAACGGCCAUUACUCUCGUCCUCUCGUCCGUUAAUAAGUAUCAUCGCGAUGCCUUACCCUUCGUCCUUCCCUCCGGUGUCGAUUCCGGACUUGGAUCUCUGGACAUUCCUCUUCGAGAGGAAAGACAAGCCCUUCCCAAGCAGCAAAGAGAUCUUGACCGAUGCAGAAACAGGCCGGACUUACACGUUCUCCGGCCUCAAGCAUGCCUCUCACGAGUUUGGGAAAGGACUGAAGGCGCGCUGGGGUUGGAAGAAAGGCGACGUCCUCGCCCUUUACACGCCGAACUCGAUCGACUCGGCCGUCGUCACCCUGGGCGCCAUCUGGGCCGGGGGCAUAGUGUCACCGGCCAAUCCGCUCUACACGGUGGAUGAAUUGGCCUUCCAGCUCAAGGACUCCAGUGCCAAGGGCCUCGUGACACAGAGGCCAUUCCUGGAGACUGCCCGUAAAGCCGCCAAGAGUGCCGGCAUCCCAGGGAACCGUAUCAUCCUUAUCGGCGACCGUCGGGAUGAGACUGGGAAGUUUAGGCACUUUUGCAGCAUUCGGAGCACUAGCUACACUGGCUGGUACGCUAAAGCUAGGAUUGAUCCCAAGAAGGACCUUGCCCUCCUUGUCUACAGCUCCGGAACCACUGGUAUUCCAAAGGGGGUGUGUCUUUCCCACCACAACAUUGUGGCCAACCUCGUCCAAUACUCCUACAUGGAUGGUCGACACUAUCUCCCUUUCGGUGGUAUAGACGGGAAAGGCGAUAAGCAACUGGGCGCUAUACCCCUAUUUCACAUCUACGGCCUCGUGUGCUGCGUUCUCGGACCGAUAUUCUUCGGCUGGCAGGUUGUCCUGAUGGAGAAAUUUGAUCUGGAGAAGGCGCUCCAGACCAUUCAGAACUAUGGGCUUACAUUUAUGUAUAUCCCUCCCCCGAUCGUGCUUGCCUUUGGGAAACACCCGCUCGUAGACAAGUACGAUCUCAGCACGCUGAAAGUGCUCCAUUCAGCCGCAGCGCCUCUCACCAGGGAGCUCACGGAAGCCGUGUGGGAAAGGCUGAAGAUUCCCGUCAAACAGGGCUUUGGGCUCUCGGAAACAAGCCCAAUCUGCCACAUACAAAGUCCGGAUGAGUGGGCCAAGUAUAUAGGUUCGGUGGGGAAGCUGGUUCCGAACAUGGAGGCAAAGAUUGUGGAUGAGGAUGGAAACGAGGUUGCCGAGGGGGAACCCGGCGAACUGUGGCUAAAGGGGCCGAACGUCUUCCAAGGCUACCUCAACAACCCAGAGAGAACCAGGGAGGCUUUUUCGCCCUGCGGCUACUUCAAGACGGGAGACAUCUUCUCGCGCGACAAAUGGGGUAAUUAUUACUGCGUCGACCGGCUGAAGGAGUUGAUCAAGUAUAAGGGAUUCCCCGUCCCGCCUGCCGAGCUGGAGGGCCUCCUUAUCACACACAAGGACGUCGCCGAUGUCUGCGUGAUCGGCGUCGAGGACAAGGAGCUGGCCACCGAGGUGCCACGAGCCUACGUAGUCCUGAGCCAGGGGGUAGAGGCCAGCGAGGAGAAGGCGAAGGAGUUGGCGGAAUGGAUGGCGAAGAAGGUUGCUCCCCACAAGAAGCUGCGCGGUGGAAUUCGGUUUGUCGACCAGGUGCCCAAAUCUCCCAGCGGCAAGAUCCUGCGGAGAAUCCUGAGGGACCAGGUGAGGAAAGAAGAGCGGGCUGCCGGGCCCAAGCUGUAAUAUCGGUGUUCUUCUUCUGCCCGUUGGUUGAUGUAGGGGUCUUCUAUUUUAAGUCUCAACACAGACGCGUUAUCUGGAUGGUCUCUAUAUGGGUGGGCAAUUCUAGUCUAGUAAGAGUCCAUCAAUAUAUCACAAAAGA